GUAUGGAUUUAACUUGAAUAUAACGAAAUUAUUUUAGUGAUUUAAUGUGAAAUUACCCAAAACGUAUUUCCAUGAACUAAACCAAUCAAAUCGGUUCACUAAAUCGAACUGAACCAAGUUGGAGUAAAUUCCACGGGAACCUGAAGAUUUCGACGACGGAGCACGGAGCGUGGCAGCACGAAUCCGAAAUCCGAGGUGGGCGAUGAUGGAGCUCGGUGGCUGUGGUGACGGCGGAGAUGGGUUGCAGCUCUAGGAAGAAGAUAAGAAGACUGAAAAAUGAAAGCAAAAUCCACGUUGCGGCAAUCAGUAGACUUGCUCUGCUCUCGUAGCACUGCCACCUCUGAGGCAUACACCCAAUUGGUCCUUGAAUGUGUUCGUACAAAUGAAAUCAACCAAGCUAAGAGACUCCAAUCUCACAUGGAGCACCAUCUUUUCCAACCCACCGACCCUUUCCUCCACAAUCAGCUACUUCAUUUGUAUGCAAAAUUUGGAAAGCUUCGAGAUGCCCAAAACUUGUUUGAUAAAAUGCUUAAAAGGGAUACUUUUUCCUGGAAUGCUCUGCUUUCUGCGUAUGCUAAAUCAGGUUCUAUCCAGAAUUUGAAGGCCACAUUUGAUCGAAUGCCUUUUCGGGAUUCAGUUUCGUACAAUACAACCAUUGCAGGUUUUUCUGGAAAUAGUUGUCCACAAGAGUCGCUUCAGCUUUUCAAAAGAAUGCAAAGGGAAGGUUUUGAGCCUACGGAGUAUACGAUUGUAAGUAUAUUGAAUGCAUCGGCACAAUUGUUGGACCUGAGGUAUGGGAAACAGAUUCAUGGGAGCAUUAUUGUGCGUAACUUUUUGGGGAAUGUGUUUAUUUGGAAUACUUUAACAGAUAUGUAUGCCAAAUGUGGUGAGAUUGAGCAGGCAAGGUGGUUGUUUGAUUGUCUUACUAAAAAGAAUUUGGUUUCUUGGAACUUAAUGAUAUCUGGGUAUGCAAAGAAUGGACAGCCCGAAAAGUGUAUUGGUUUGUUACAUCAAAUGCGGUUGUCUGGACAUAUGCCUAAUCAAGUUACCAUGUCAACUAUAAUUGCAGCUUACUGUCAAUGCGGACGCGUAGAUGAAGCAAGAAGGGUGUUUAGUGAGUUUAAAGAGAAGGAUAUUGUUUGCUGGACAGCCAUGCUGGUGGGUUAUGCAAAAAAUGGCAGAGAAGAGGAUGCACUAUUGUUGUUUAAUGAAAUGCUAUUAGAACAUAUUGAACCUGACAGCUACACUUUAUCAAGUGUUGUCAGUUCUUGUGCCAAAUUGGCAUCUCUACAUCAUGGUCAGGCAGUCCACGGAAAAUCAAUUCUUGCUGGUCUUAACAAUAAUUUGCUCGUCUCUAGCGCACUAAUUGAUAUGUAUUCUAAAUGUGGUUUCAUUGAUGAUGCCAGGUCAGUCUUCAACCUGAUGCCAACUAGGAAUGUGGUUUCAUGGAAUGCUAUGAUUGUUGGUUGUGCACAAAAUGGACACGAUAAAGAUGCCCUUGAACUCUUUGAAAAUAUGUUACAACAGAAAUUUAAACCUGACAAUGUAACUUUUAUCGGAAUUUUAUCUGCUUGUCUCCAUUGUAAUUGGAUUGAGCAAGGGCAGGAGUACUUUGAUUCUAUAAGCAACCAGCAUGGACUGACACCUACUUUGGAUCAUUAUGCAUGCAUGGUCAAUCUCCUAGGACGUACAGGCCGCAUAGAACAAGCAGUUAGUCUAAUAAAAAAUAUGGCCCAUGAACCAGAUUUCCUCAUUUGGUCCACACUUCUAUCCAUUUGCUCAACAAAGGGUGAUAUCGUAAAUGCUGAAAUGGCAGCUAGGCAUCUCUUUGAAUUGGAUCCUACGAGUGCCGUACCAUAUAUUAUGCUCUCAAAUAUGUAUGCUUCUAUGGGUAGAUGGAAAUAUGUAGCAUCAGUUAGGAAUCUCAUGAAAAGCAAGAAUGUGAAGAAGUUUGCUGGUUUUAGUUGGAUUGAAAUUGAUAAAGAGGUGCACAGAUUCACAUCUGAAGAUCGGACUCAUCCAGAAUCAGAAAAUAUAUAUGAGGAACUGAACAUAUUGAUAGGGAAACUUCAAGAAGAAGGAUUUACCCCUAAUACAAAACUGGUUUUGCAUGAUGUUGGAGAGGACGAAAAGUUCAAAUCCAUAUGUUUUCACAGUGAGAAACUUGCCCUUGCCUUUGGUUUGAUUAAGAAACCUAAUGGAAUUAGUCCAAUAAGGAUCAUAAAGAAUAUUCGAAUUUGCAACGAUUGCCAUGAAUUUAUGAAGUUUGCAUCUAGGAUUAUUGGAAGGCAAAUCAUAUUGAGAGAUUCAAAUAGAUUUCAUCAUUUUUCAACUGGGAAGUGCUCCUGCAACGACAAUUGGUAAAGAAUUUGCUGGCGUUGAUUGGGGGAAGUCACGAGGUACAAUGUGAGAAAACAAUGAUGCGAGGAUACUGGGACUAUAACAAAGAAGAGAAGUAGAGGGUUCAAGGUGAAGGGAUUGGUUCCUGAAUUUUUCAAAAGGGAAAAUGUUUCUGACAUUUAAGUCUUCAAGUCCCUCGAAAUUCAGAAAUAGGAAAUUGAUGUUCUUCAUUGCACAAUACUCCAUCUUAUACAAAAAAAAUGUAUAACAUCAAUUUUUAAACUCUCCAACUCCAAGGUUGGGAGUGGAGCGUUGCUGAAAAAUUCAAUAAGCGUCUGCACCUCGAAUGUCUGUCAAGGAAAUCAUAUGUAGCAUUCAUUUAAAAAGUCUUCAAACAAAUAAUGGUAGACGUUGACUCCUAAAUCAAAACAUAAAAUAUUUAGAA